GGGCACUCCACUUGUUUUCCGUGCUGACAGCUUCGCGCUGUGGACGUCGCGACCUGUGAUGUCAGGAGGACGCCUCGGAUCUUGAACCUCCAUCUGGAACUUGGAAGAGGCAGCGUCUCGGGCCAAUGCUGAGCGCUUUCUUCUCGCCCCGCCCGCAGAGCUGACCCAGCCCGGGCUCUGGAUCCGCGUGGUGCUGACCCUGCUUCCGUCCUCACCGCGUUCUCGCUCCAGGCGCCGCCGACCGGCUCGGAUGCCAGGCGUUUCCGCCCGGGGCCUCUCUCUCGAGGAGAGGAGGCAGCUAGCUGUGAAUCUCACGCGGGUGCUGUCUCUCUACCGUUCCAUCCUGGACGCCUACAUCAUUGAAUUUUUUACAGACAACCUGUGGGGCACACUCCCUUGCUCAUGGCAGGAAGCAUUGGACGGACUGAACCCACCACAACUGGCCACACAGCUGCUGGGGAUGCCUGGGGAAGGGGAGGUGGUCAGGUACAGGUCAGUGUGGCCACUCACCCUGCUGGCCCUGAAGUCCACAGCCUAUGCCUUGGCCUUUACCCGGACACCUAAGUUUCAGGCCCCCUCAGAGUUUCGGGAGAAUCCCAGCCAGAGCUCCCGACUUAAAGCUCCGUUCCGAAAACAUGUCAGGCCCAAGAAGCAGCAUGAGAUCCGGCGGCUGGGAGAGGUGAGGAGAUGCCUGGGGUGUAGGUGGUGUCUGGGAGCCCGGGGACUGAAGCCAGGCCAUCUCUCCCGCUUCAUGUCUCUGGGGCUAGGGCUGAAGGUGAAGAGCAUCGAAGGGGAUCAGAGGCUGGUGGAGAGAGCCCAGCACCUGGACCAGGAGCUCCUGCAGACUCUGGGAAAAGAGGAGAAGAGGAACCCGCAGAUGGUGCAAAUGCACUCUCACCGCUCCCCGCACCAUGUGGCCCAGUGGGUAGACCCUAGGACCCUGUGUGAGGAGGUUCUGCUUCCGCUGGAGACCUCCCCUCAGGGUGAGGCCCGCUUGCUGCUGACAGGCCUCCAUGCCUGCGGGGACCUGAGUGUCACCUUGCUGAGGCACUUCUCCUCCUGCCCUGAGGUGGUGGCCCUGGCCUCAGUGGGCUGCUGCUACAUGAAGCUGAGUGACCCUGGCGGCUACCCACUGAGUCAGUGGGUGGCCACGCUGCCUGGCUACGAACUGUCCUACAGGCUGCGGGAGGGGGCCUGCCACGCCCUGGAGGAAUACGCCGAGAGGCUACAGAGAGCAGGGCCUGGCCUCCGAACCCACUGCUACCGGGCAGCACUGGAGACGGUCAUCCGGCACGUCCAGCCCAAGCUCCGUCGGCCAGGCGUGCAGGGGAUCCCCAGGGUCCACGAGCUCAAGAUUGAAGAAUACGUGCAGCGGGGGCUGCAGCGGGUGGGGCUGGACCCCCAGCUGCCACUGAAUCUGGCUGCUCUCCGGGCCCACCAGGCCCAGGAGAACCGCGUGGUAGCUUUCUUCAGCCUGGCCCUGUUGCUGGCCCCACUGGUGGAGACGCUGAUUCUACUGGACCGGCUGCUGUUCCUUCAGGAGCAGGGCUUCCAUUCUGAGCUCCUGCCCAUCUUCAGCCCUGAGCUCUCUCCCAGAAACCUGGUUUUGGUGGCUACCAAGAGGCCUCUGGGUCAGGCCUUCUCUGUUCUGGAGACUGAAGACGCUGCUGCACUCUGAGGAAAGGUGCAUCUUGGACCCCAUCUGAAACCACCCAGGUGCCACAGUGGGUCCUCACCCAGAGCAGCAGCAUCCCGCACCCUCCCCAGAAUCAUGGUGUCCCACAGACCUUCAGCUUCGUACUCUCUCUCCCUCCACGUGUUAUGUAAUAUUAUGUAAAAACUUAUUUUUAAUUUAUUAAAAAUUUAAAAUCUU